AUGUCUGAGCAGAAUCCAGGACUGAGUUCUGAAACAAGUACUGCCGGAGCACCUCCAAAUGUAGAGACCACUUCUUCAACCGAUCACACUGUAGAACCACACCAUGGCGAAAAGGAAGGGCAAGAAGAAAAAGAGGUUAAACCGGUAAAUCAUGAAGAGCAGAAACACAAGGACGCUAAAAACGCAUCCGAGGGAAACGGGGUAAAUAGUCGUGAAGCUAGCGGCUCCCGAGUGUCGGAAGAAGAUCCUGAAGAUACUAAUGAUGACGAUGAAGAUGAAGAUGAUGACGAUGACGAUGACGAUGACGAUGACGAUGACGACGAUACAGAUGACGACAACAGUACCUCGGGUUCCGGCUCUGAAGGAGGGGAAGGCUCCGAAUCAAUCUCGACAGAAAGCGCUGGUGAAGACGAGGGACUAGAGGAAACUGAUGGAAAUACAUCAAAUGACUCUUCAGGUGACGAAAGUGCAUCAGAAGAGGAAGAAGGUGACGAACCUGUUGUCUCUGAACAAGACCAUGCUCCUAUCAACAAUACUGCUGCCCCAUCGGCCUCUCAUACCAGAAAUAUUUCACUUUCCUCAAAUGGUUCACACACAAGYUCGACUAUAAUCUUAGUGAAAACAACUUUGGAAACAAUCUUAAAUGAUAAGGACAUGAAAAAACAUUCGAAUGCUCAAAAGGCUAUCGAAAGGACACUACAAAAAUUUAAAGAAUUCGAUCCACAAUCCACAAGUAACUCACAUUACGUCGAUUCAAUACUGGUUUUCGAAGCAUUGAGGGCGAGUUGCCGUACCAAAUCUUCCAGGAUCCAAAACUUGGCCUUAGAUUGUCUGUCGAAACUAUUUUCCUUCAGAUCUUUGGACGAAAAGCUGCUAGUCAACCCCCCUGAUUCUUUAGCUUCCAACGACCAACAGCAAGAUGUAGCCGAUGGCAUAACACCACCUCCGAAGCAAAAAAUCAUAGACGCUGCCAUUGACACUAUUUCUGAUUGUUUCCAAGGUGAAGGGACUGAUGAACGAGUGGAGUUACAAAUUGUAAGAGCGCUUUCCAGUUGCAUUUUAGAGGAGGAUUCAAAUUCCCUAUGCCAUGGCGCUUCCCUGUUAAAGGCCAUCAGGACAAUUUACAAUGUCUUUGUUUUCUCAUUGAACCCUUCAAACCAAGGCAUUGCCCAGGCUACCUUAACACAAAUCAUUGGUUCAGUAUAUGACAAGGUCGAUCUCAAACAGACUGCCUCUUCAACAUUGUCUUUAUCGGCAAAGAACCACCAGCAACCAUCUACCACUGAACUUUCCGAACUUUCCGACAAUGUAGAAACGCCGGUGCCUUUAACUUUGGAAAAUAUGGAUAAACUGAAUGACGACGAAGAAAGACUCAUGGAUUCUCAACAACCUGACUUUAACGCCAUCACUAAUCAAGACCUAGCGGUCAAAGAUGCGUUCUUAGUUUUUAGAGUUAUGGCGAAAAUAUGUGCUAAACCGCUAGAAACAGAACUCGAUAUGAGAUCACAUGCCGUUAGAUCAAAACUUCUGUCGCUUCACAUUAUUUACUCUAUCAUCAAAGAUCACAUCGACGUUUUCCUUUCUCAUAACAUCUUCCUACCAGGAAAAGAACGUAUUUGUUUUAUCGAUUCAAUUAGACAAUACUUGCGCCUUGUUUUAUCAAGAAAUGCUGCGUCUCCUCUAGCUCCUGUUUUCGAAGUGACUUUAGAAAUUAUGUGGUUAUUAAUUGCUAACUUAAGAGCAGAUUUCGUUAAGGAGAUCCCAGUCUUUUUGACAGAGAUUUAUUUUCCUAUUUCAGAAUUAACUACAUCCACCUCCCAACAGAAGAGGUAUUUUUUGAGUGUUAUUCAACGAAUUUGCAACGACCCAAGAACCUUGGUUGAAUUUUACUUAAAUUAUGAUUGUAAUCCUGGAAUGCCAAAUGUUGUGGAGAUAACUGUUGAUUAUUUAACAAGAUUGGCUUUAACAAGAGUGGAAAUUACUCAAACUCAAAGAUCAUAUUAUGACGAACAAAUCUCAAAAUCCUUAUCAACUUAUGAUUUUUCCCAGUUGCCCCUCUUAACUUCCUCUAACUUGUCUUCUAGUCCUGAUGUUGGCCAAAUCAACUUACUCUUCCCUCUAGAUUUUGCUCUCAAAAUGGUGUCGCUGAAUUGUAUUGUGUCGGUUUUACGUUCUUUAAGCUCAUGGGCUCACAAAGCUCUAAAUCCAAACCAAAGUGCUUCUAAAACAGCACUGAACUCAACUCCAUGUGGUCCUCAGGAAUCUAGAUCAUCUUUGAAUGAUGACGUAAGGUCUUCUGCUGUAGUAAUUAAUGAUGACUUUAGACCUACAUAUGAAGAUGAAGAAAGCAAGUCACUAAGCAGUCAAAAUGUUGAUACAGAUGAUCCCACCCAAUUUGAAAAUUUGAAAUUAAGGAAGACAGCUUUAUCAGAAUGUAUCGCUAUUUUCAAUAACAAACCCAAAAAAGCCAUUCCAGUGCUCAUUCAAAAGGGAUUUAUGGAGGAUGACUCCGCAACCUCUAUUGCUAAGUGGUUACUAGAAACGGAAGGAUUAGACAUGGCUGCCAUUGGUGAUUAUUUAGGUGAAGGUGACGACAAGAAUAUUGCGAUAAUGCAUGCAUUUGUAGAUGAAUUUGACUUCACUGGUAUGUCUAUUGUGGAUGCAUUGAGAUCAUUUUUACAGAAAUUCAGGCUGCCUGGUGAAGGCCAAAAAAUCGAUAGAUUCAUGCUAAAAUUUGCGGAAAGAUUCGUUGAUCAAAACCCAGGAAUCUUUUCAAAGGCAGAUACUGCAUACGUGCUUUCGUACUCUCUAAUAAUGCUUAACACUGAUUUACAUUCAUCACGAAUCAAAAAUAAGAUGUCUUUACAAGAGUUCUUGGAAAAUAACGAAGGAAUUGAUAAUGGAAGAGAUUUACCUAAAGAGUUCCUGGAAGGCUUAUUUAAUGAAAUCGCUAAAAAUGAAAUCAAAUUGCUUUCUGAACAGCAUCAAGCAAUGCUUUCAGGCGACACCAAUGUUGUUCAACAACAACAACAAUCUGCUUUCAAUUUUUUCAAUUCUCGUGACUUAACAAGAGAAGCGUACAAUCAAGUCUCAAAGGAAAUAUCAUCUAAGACUGAACUGGUCUUUAAGAAUCUGAACAGGUCGAAAAACAAAAGAAGCCCAGAUAUUUAUUAUGCUGCCUCUCACGUCGAGCAUGUUAAAUCGAUUUUCGAAACACUUUGGAUGUCCUUUUUAGCAGCUUUAUCCCCACCAUUUAAGGAAUAUGACGACACUGAUACUACGAAUAAGUGCUUGGAGGGGUUGAAGAUAUCGAUAAAAAUUGCUUCUACUUUCAGAAUUAACGAUGCUAGAACUUCUUUUGUAGGUGCUUUAGUCCAAUUCUGUAACCUCCAAAACCUCGAAGAAAUCAAAGUGAAGAAUGUUAAUGCAAUGGUAAUUCUUCUUGAAGUUGCAUUAUCCGAAGGAAAUUACUUGGAGGGAUCAUGGAAGGAUAUUUUACUAGUAGUGUCUCAGAUGGAAAGACUGCAACUGAUAUCUAAGGGUAUCGAUAGAGAUACUGUCCCAGAUGUCGCGCAAGCUCGUUUUGCAAACCCAAGAGUUUCUUAUGAAUCAUCAAGAUCUAAUAACACAUCGUUUUUUGAUGUUUGGGGCAAGAAGGCAACUCCAACCGAGCUAGCUCAAGAAAAACACCAUAAUCAAACCUUAUCGCCUGAAAUUUCGAAGUUUAUCUCAUCUAGUGAAUUAGUUGUUUUGAUGGACAAUAUAUUUACUAAGAGUUCAGAGUUAUCAGGCAAUGCUAUCGUUGAGUUUAUCAAAGCUUUGACUGCUGUAUCUCAAGAGGAGAUUGAAUCAUCUGAAAACGCUUCUACUCCAAGAAUGUUUUCUUUGCAAAAAAUGGUCGAUGUUUGUUACUACAAUAUGGAUCGUAUUAAAUUAGAAUGGACUCCACUAUGGGCUGUUAUGGGAAAAGCAUUCAAUAAGAUUGCUACAAACUCUAACUUGGCUGUUGUAUUUUUUGCUAUCGAUUCUCUACGUCAAUUGUCAAUGAGAUUCUUGGAUAUUGAAGAACUGUCAGGCUUUGAAUUUCAGCACGACUUUUUAAAACCAUUUGAAUACACAGUCCAAAACAGCGGUAAUACUGAAGUUCAAGAAAUGAUUAUCGAGUGUUUUAGAAAUUUCAUCUUAACAAAAUCGGAAAGAAUCAAGUCUGGUUGGAAACCAAUUCUCGAAUCUUUACAAUAUACUGCUCGCUCAAGCACUGAAUCCAUUGUUUUAAAGACACAACUGUUAGUUAGCAACGAUAUCGUGACCAAUCACUUCGAAGAUGUAUUCUCGCAAGAAGAUGCCUUUUCUGAAUUGGUCGGUGUCUUUAGAGAAAUCACCAAAAAUAAGAGAUUUCAAAAAUUAUCUUUACAUGCUUUAGAAUCACUAAGAAAGAUGACACAGAAUGUUGCGGAAAUCUGCUUCUACAACGAAAAUAAGGCAGAGGAAGAAAGAAAACAUAACAAUGCUUUGCUGCGUGGGAAAGACAUAUUCCAGGAUGUAUGGUUCCCUAUGUUAUUCUGCUUCAACGACACAAUCAUGACAGCUGAAGAUCUAGAAGUCAGAUCACGUGCGCUAAACUACAUGUUCGAUGCUUUAGUAGCAUACGGUAGUAAAUUCAAUGAUGAGUUUUGGGAAAAGAUUUGCAAGAAACUACUUUUCCCUAUUUUCGGUGUAUUAUCAAAACAUUGGGAAGUCAAUCAAUUCAAUAGCCACGAUGACUUAAGCGUUUGGCUAUCAACCACAUUGAUUCAAGCUUUGAGAAAUUUGAUUGCCCUUUUCACACAUUACUUCGAAUCAUUAAAUAAGAUGCUUGAUGGAUUUUUGGGUCUUUUAGUUUCUUGUAUUUGUCAGGAAAAUGAUACUAUCGCUAGAAUUGGUAGAUCUUGCUUACAACAAUUAAUAUUACAAAACGUAACCAAAUUCAAUGAGUACCACUGGAACCAGAUAGGCGACGUGUUUGAUAAAUUGUUCGAUUUAACUACUGCCAAUGAACUGUUCGAUUAUGACCCAUUGCAGCAAGGAAGAAAACCCUCCGUCUCUCAUCACCAAACCACAAAUGAUAUCAGCCAACAAUCAGAUAAUGAUAAUAACGAUGGAAGUGAAAACGAAUCCAAUAUCAGUGAGACUGUUGAGAGAGCGCACCAAGAAGAAUCUAGUGAAGAUGUAGGCGGCGACAUGGUCGGAACGCUAAAUGGACAAAACGGGGGAACUAAGUUGAACAAUGACAAUUCUGAACCGGUUGUUAAAGAAGAGUCAAACUUAAAGGCCGCUACUUUGAAUGUCCCCAAAAGAACCAAGAAUAUGAAACGUAAUGAGAGUAAUGAAGAUAUACGUCGGAGAAUAAACGUCAAAAACUCCAUUGUCGUCAAAUGCGUUCUGCAAUUGUUAAUGAUAGAAUUACUGAAUGAAUUAUUUGAAAAUGAAGAUUUUGCGCAUUGCAUACCUUAUAAGGAGUCCAUCAGAAUUACCAGAUUACUAGAAAAAUCUUAUGAAUUUUCUCGUGAUUUUAAUGAGGAUUACGGGUUGAGGACAAGAUUAGUAGAAGCUCGCGUGGUUGAUAAGAUCCCUAACCUAUUGAAACAAGAGACAAGUGCCGCCGCUGUUCUCCUUGACAUCAUGUUCCAGUUAUAUUUGAACGAUGAUGAGAAGAAGGCUGAUCUAAUAGUCCGUUUAAUUGGUAUUUGCAUUCAAGUUGUUGAGGGUUACGUUUCCUUAGAUGAUAGAACCAUGGAACGUAGUAUCAACGCUUGGCGUUCAGUGAUUGUUGAAAUCUUGCAAGGUUACUAUGAAUUUGACGAUGAAGACUUUAAAUUGUAUUGUCCAGCUAUGUACGCCUUGGUGAUUCAGAUAUUAGACAAGAGUGUCCCAACGGAAUUGAGACAAGCCGUCAAGCAGUUCCUAAGUAGAGUUGGUGAAUUAUAUCUUUCUACCGAUUGA